GUUGCCCACCUAGUGCUACCAAAUUCCAAGCCUUGGUCCACUCUGCCAGCCUUGGGGCAACGUAAACCCGUCGUCAUGUGCUAGCCGACAAUGCGAUAGACAAAACGUGCUCACAAAGAUAGGCAUGGGGCCACUCCUCUCCUGUAUUGUCUGGUGACCAAUUGGAAGCUUUCCGGCCUGUCUUGAGUUGCGCAUCGUCCUCUGGGACGUUGUGGAAUUGCUGCAGGGAGGUCCGCCGCAGCCGAUCAUCGGUACUAUCGUCCACGGUCAAAAGCGGAGUUAGCCCGCGCAGACACCGCUUUUCCCACGAUCCUCCAUCUUAACACUCGACAGCAACGCCGACAACAGACAACAACAACAACAACAACAACAACCACGCAACAUCAAAUCCAUACCAUCAUACAACAUGACGUGCUCAGUCUCGUCCGUCCGUUCAGAACACCAAACCAAGUUUCCGUCCAAGUCCACGAUGAAUCGUUUCGAUGAAUUGGUGAUAUCACUAAAAGACGCUCUCGGGGAAUCGUCAGGUUUAACCUCGGACGAUGUCGACGUGGACCUCUUGACUGAGGCCAUGGCCCGGUACAAGUCGAAUAUCGCCGAGUGGCAACAGUAUGCCAUGGCAGAUGCCAGCCGGGGAUACACCCGAAACUUGGUUGACGAAGGCAACGGCAAGAGCAACUUGCUCGUGCUCGUCUGGACCCCAGGCAAAGGUUCCCCGAUCCAUGACCACGGCAAUGCGCAUUGUCUGAUGAAAAUACUCCGCGGCAACCUGACCGAGACCCGGUACGAUUUUCCUGAUAAUGACGAGACGAAACCAAUGAAGGUUAAGUCUCAAGCGGUCCAUGAAGAAGGUUCCGUUGCAUACAUGGCAGAUGAACUGGGUGUUCAUCGGGUGUCGAACGAGGGUAGCGACUUCGCCGUAUCAUUGCACCUGUAUACUCCUCCAAAUGUCGCCAAAGGGGGUUGCCAUAUCUUCGACCCGAAGACAAGCAAGACGAGCCACGUUCCCAAAUGUGGCUACUACUCUGCGUUUGGCCGCCUGUUGAAAGAAUGAAAGGUAGAAAGGGGAGGGAUGAGAAGGGAAGAUAUGAUGAGAUGGUUACCAGCCAACAUGUUUGGAUAAUGAGCAAGCGAUGCCCUUUUUGUAUGAGAAUUUUCCUUGAAUAGAGAAUGAUGAAAUGAUUGGAACUUAUCUUGGACUGCUUCUCGCUGAGUCUGAUGCCUGCCACCUGAUGCGGUGCGGAAAACCCAUCUACGGGCUGCCGCACAGAGAACUGCGGCGCGAAUAACAAAGAAAUCGCAGACAGCACUGUAAAAGGACGCCUGAGGUGUAAACGAGACAUAAAUACUAGAUAUGAAGUUGAGGAGAGAAAAAUAUG